ACCUUCUCCAUAUUUAGAGGUCAUUUCACCACAAUUUCUGCAAUUCAUUCCCAUAUAUUUGGAGGAAGAGCCAAACCAUUCAUGCUUACACCCACAUUACCAAUAGCCAAGUUAAUCGGAGUUUACUUAAUUUAGAAGAAUGGUCAGAUUUGCAGGGAAAAGAGAGUUUGCCAACUUGUUCCACCAUGAAAUGUUAAGAACUGGUUUGCAAGAUCCCUAAUAAUUUGGUGGGGUUAGCAGUUUUUCUUUUCUUCUUCACAGCGCAGAAUGAGGUCAUACAGCCUGGUCAAGAGUUGUCAAAUCACAGUUUAAUUAUUAAAUCUUAAGUUAACAGAGAAAUACUUAAAAAGAAAGAUCAAAGAGAAUCCCAUUGUUUUCUAAUAAUAUCAAAUGUAAAGCUGCUGCUUGAUUAGAUACCUGGCUUGAUGUUGAUGGCACCUGUAAAGCCCAUACUUGUUUGGGAUUCGCCUGUUCCCAUGUACACAAACUUCAAGCUCUGAAAUGUAUGAGUUGGUAAUGGUGGGGCUUUGAAGGUCUGAAUAUAUCCACAGUAGUACAGUAAGGUGGCCUUCCAAACAGACCUGAGAAACUGAAAAGAAGAAAAGAUGGGAGGGUGUGUCAGCAAAAAAAUGUCUGUUGAGUAUGACCCCGAAAUGAAACAGAAACAAGGGCAGGAGCAGGAGAAACGUAAUAGUGAGGCAAGCUCUUUUCAAACCAAGCUGGAGACUGAUGUUUAUGCGAAACAGUCUGGUUCCAAACGUGCCCUUAGCUUUCUCUUCGAACAGGAAGAAAAUGAACAGAAAGAGUUGCUGCAGAAACAGAGCAUUGAAGAAAAGGACACCAUACAAAAAUAUGAAGCUAUGAACCCAUCUGUGGAUGCUGUAAAGUCUGAAAAGCAGGAGACUUCGAGGGAAUGUGAAAUCCAAAGUGUUGUUAUUCAAGAUGUGGAACCUGGUGUUUCCCAACCAAGUUUACAACUACUGGCUAAAGAACUUGUCAAGCUUGAAACAUCUACUGCAGCUUCAAAUGUUUCAAGCACAGAUGAAAUGUCUCAUGUCCAAACUGAAAACCUGAAUAUAAAUGAGGCAAAUUUGUUUACUACUACUGUACAGGUUGGUAGUGUAAGUGUCGUGGAAAAUAUAACCGGGGUUGAAACCUGCAUAACUGAUGAUGGGAAUGGAAUCCGUGAAAAGAAAGAUGAGGCAGGUCCUGUAACAGAAGUUGCUUCCUCUAAAGAUGAAAAGGUGAAUGACAAUAAUGAGAACUCUCCAAAGUCUGGAACAGGUUUGCCAUUUGUUGAUGUUAAGAACACUUCUGAUCAUAAAGAAGGUAAGAAUUCUGAUGCCAACAUUCAAAACAAUAAUGAAGACACAAGUAAGGAUUCUGAUGCCUAUUUACAAUCUAGUCAGGGUCCUCAAGUUAAGGUGUCUACAGUUAAUGAUCAUAGUAAGGCAGAUGCUGAAAAUGGACCUUUGAGUGCCACUUUACCUGCUGAUGAAAAUUAUGCUCUUGACACAAAUACUAAAAACACAGUUGUGGGCAACUGUGCUUCUGAUAAUGUCCAAGUUCAAAGUCUGAUUGCCGAGGAUAAGCAAAGUUUCAACAAUGUUCAAGAUGCAUGUUCGGAUGUGCUGAUGCCAAUCAGUUGCUCUGUACAGGAUACCUCUACCGUGACUGAAAAUAUAGAUGAACUAUCUCUCAAAAACCAUGAGGAUAAUUCACUCUUGGUGAAAACAGAAGAGAACGUUUUAGAUAACUUGGAGGCAACAGGAAUCCAAUCAAAUAGGGCUAUACUGGCUGAUGGUUCCCAAGAAGAGAACAUUUUAGAGAACUUGGAAGCACCAGGAAUUCAAUCAAAUAUGGCUAUACUGGCUGAUGGUUCCCAAGAAAAGGCCUCUACUUGCAGUGGAAAUGCCAUUUUGAAACCCAAUGGUGACAGCCAAAGCAAUUUGGUCGUUGCUAAGACAGAAGAAAAAACUUUGGGCAGCAAGGAAGCACCAGUAUGUGAACCUAUGGUUUCCACAGUUUCAACAUAUAGUCCUAUGCCUUCAGUUUUUGAAGCAUCUACGAUGCCUGAAAGGGAACUUGGAGAAAAAGCAAUGGAAGAACCACAUGGAACAUCUAAACUGGCUGGAGAGAGUGAAAACCAGAUGGAAAACAAAGCAACAGAAGCGCUAGAAGAACAAGUUGGAGAGAUGAAAGUGAGUUGUCAAGUUGAUCAUUCUGAAACCGAAGCAAUGUCUCAAGAAUCAUAUGUCGGCAAGAAUGUAAACCAGGGUGGUGAAAUUCUUGGAAAUGAUGUGAGUCCUUCAAAAAUGAGUCGAGAAAGAUUUUCAGAUAGUAAUUUGCUUGUUCUUGGGAGUGUCCCUAAAGAAAAUGGUGUAGCAUCUCCAACAAAUGUAGGAAAAGAACUUGCAGAAAAUGGCAAUGCUUUCAGUGGGGAGAACAUGGAAAGCCCAUCAGUUAUCAACACUCUGUCUGCCAAACAAGAUUCCCAGUCUAAAGACAUUGCAGAUAAUUAUGGAACACAGGUCAAAUCUCCUGAAGCAAGGCAAGAAUGAUGAGUACUUAAUAGUUUUUCAAUGGGCUAAGUUUUUUUCCUACACGGUUCUACUUUAAGCUUCCUUUAUACAGGUCUGUCAGUGCUUGAAUCUGAAUUUAAUGUUUGAAUGGAUUGAACACAGUUUUCAAGUUGAAAGAGACUAGAGAGCAUAUAGUAUUCGUUUUGGUGCUGUAUCAAACUAGUUUAAGCUUAGAGGCCUAAAGCCUAGAUGAGGAGAGCUUUGGACUUCUAUGUCGUGAUGUCUUUAUCACAGGUUAGUUUUUAAUGCCAAUUUUGUUUGCGGAUAUUGAAAGGAUACCCACUUUUGUCUAGUCUGGUUGGAUAUGUGCAAAAUCUGUAAUAUUCAAGGUGGAUGUAUAGUGUGAUGAUUUACAAUUUUGCAGAAUGCCAUGCAAAUUGUAUGAACAAUAUGUAAAGUAUAUGUUUGGCAAUGUAGUUAUCUAUCUGGUGUACUUCGUCUUA